UACAGUAAAUUUUUAUGACAAAUGAAACAUUACUUCCAGAGUAACGUACAAUGUGUAAGAUCCUUGCCCUCUGUAAACUGCACCAAGAAGUUCAACUUUGCUUCCCUGCGUGACAUGGCCAAUAGACGUUUCCUUCCUGCAGAGACUGGGCUGAGAGCUGAAGUCGUUGUUGGGCAGACGGCAUCUGCUGCAGCCCGGUGAUUUUACACCUGCAGGAAUCUGCAGCAGCACACAACAGACGUGGGCACGAAUGAAAGGCACAGUAAAGCCAGAAACAUCCGAUGGCACACAGGCCUCACUGCUGCUCUCAGAAAUAGGAAGCGGGUUGGUUGGUUUUGUCUGCCCACUUUUGAAUUGCAUCAAUUCCGAUUAUGAGCCAGAAAGACUCACCAGAAGAGAUGGAGGAUAACUCCCCGCCACUGUGCAUCACCUGCGGCCAGGCACAUUUACCUGAAGAAAACCACUUGUACAGCUACACGGAAGAAGUGGACGAUGAUCUGAUCUGCCACAUUUGCCUGCAACCUUUGCUUCAGCCCUUAGACACGCUCUGUGGUCACACCUUCUGCACCGCCUGCCUGACGAACUUCCUCUUGGAAAAGGACUUCUGUCCCAUGGAUCGCAAGCUUGUGAUUCUGCAGUCCUGCAGAAAGUCCAGCAUCCUCGUGAAUAAGCUCCUGGAUAAGCUAAUGGUUAGCUGCCCUUUCACAGAGCACUGCUCAGAGGUGGUGCAACGCGGCGACCUGGAACAGCAUUUUCAAAGCCAAUGUAAAGGAGCGUCCCACUAUGGCCUUACCAAGGAGAGGAAGAGGCGUUCCCAAGACUGCUCUCCGGACCAUAGCUCCAGUUUAGCCGUGGCCGCUCUGGGCCCCGAGCUCUCCGCGGCCGCGGCCAUAGCCUUAAUGACAGAUGAGCCAGGGCUGGUAAACCCGGCCUUCAGCCCCAUCUCGGAGGACAGCCAGGCGGGCAGCAGUCCCGGAGACCCGCGUCGCAGCAACCGGCACAGAACUCGACACUUUGAACGCUCUACUGUAAGAAGCAGAUCUUUUAAAAAAAUAAACAAGGCUUUCAGUGUUCUUCGAAGGACAAAAAGUGGAAGCACGAUUUCCAACCAGACUGACCGGGAAAGGGAGACUGUUGGAAAUUCAGUUGCUGGGGAUGAAGAUUCAGAAAGCACCAUACCACUCCCGGUGACAAAAACACAACACUGUGUGGGAAAAUCUGCAAGAAUCAUCAAAAACAAGACAGAAAGUUUACUUCUUUCUAGAUUCAGCAGCUCUUCGAUGUUUAAGGACUGGAAAGAUAAAAUGGUAAAGAAAGGUUUUCCCAGAUUGUAUCACCUGAUUCCAGAUGGUGAAAUUACCUGCAUUAAGAUCAACCGUACUGAUCCCAAUGAAAACCUGGCCAUUAGGAUUGUGGGAGGCAGUGAGACUCCUUUGGGUCACAUUAUUAUUCAGCAUAUUUAUCGAGAUGGGGUAAUUGCCAGAGAUGGAAGAUUGCUGCCCGGAGACAUGAUACUAAAGGUGAACGGCAUGGACAUCAAAAACGUGCCUCACAACUACGCGCUGUCGGUGCUGAAGCAGCCCUGCCCAGUGCUGCGGCUCACCGUGCUCAGGGAGCAGAGGUACCGCUGCCGGAGCGGCGGCCUCCCCUUCGACGCCCGCUGCAGCCGAGAUGGCAGCUUCCACGUUGUCCUGAACAAAAGCAGUCCAGGCGAGCAGCUGGGCAUCAAGCUGGUCCGCAAGGCCGACGAACCUGGGGUGUUUGUUUUUAACUUGCUGGAAGGAGGGGUGGCUGCCCGGGAUGGACAGCUCCAGGAGAACGACCGCGUUUUAGCUAUCAAUGGGCACGAUCAUCGCUACGGCAGUCCAGAGAGUGCAGCCCAGCUGAUACAGGCCAGCGAGAAGCAGGUUCACUUCCUCGUGUCCCGGCAGAGCCGGCAGCAGCCCCCCGACAUCGUGCAGGAGACGGGCUGGAGCUACAGCGGCAGCCCCCAGCCCUGUCCCGCCGGGAGGAGCAGCCCCAGCAAGAGUGCCUUGCACGCCGUCACUUGCCACGAGAAGGUUGUGGCUGUCCGGAAAGAUCACACCGAAUCCCUGGGAAUGACUGUCGCAGGCGGAGCCACGAACCGGGAGUGGGAUUUGCCUAUCUAUGUGAUAAGCGUCGAACCUGGAGGAGUUAUCAGCAGAGACAGCAGGAUAAAAACAGGUGACAUCCUGCUGAACGUGAACGGGAUUGACCUGACGGGAGUCAGCCGGAGCGAGGCCGUCGCCCUGCUGAAAAACACCAACUCGUCGGUGGUGCUCAAAGCCCUGGAGAUGAAGGCGUGCGACCCCCAGGAGGAGAGGAGCAAGGCGCCGCUCCCCGAGGCCACGCACAGCGCCUCCGAGAGCAGCGAGUGGUCGCCCUCCUGGGUUAUGUGGCUGGGACUGCCGCGGUAUUUGUACAGCUGCAAAGAAAUCAUAUUACGAAGAAAUACAGCAGGAAGUCUUGGCUUCAGCAUUGUAGGAGGUUAUGAAGAACAUACUGGGAACAAACCAUUCUUUAUCAAAUCCAUUGUUGGGGGAACACCAGCAUAUCAUGACGGAAGAAUCAGAUGCGGUGACAUCCUCCUUGCUGUCAAUGGCAGGAACACGUCAGGAAUGAUGCAUGCCUGCUUGGCAAGGAUGCUCAAAGAACUGAAAGGAAAAAUUACUCUCACUAUUGCGUCCUGGCCUGGCACUUUUUUAUAAAACAAGUCUUCACGGACAGUAUCACAAGUAAUUUAACACGGGAAAAAUAUGGACGUCAGUCGUCCUCACUUUUUGGCGGGGAUCAAAUAUGUUUAUAAAAAAAAGGUUUGUGAAAUUUCAACCUGCAUGUAAAGAAAAGUCAAGUUUAGGCAAAGCAGGGACACCUGUCAGAGAAUCACUUCAGAGCGAUUUAAGUUACAGACUUAAGUCUUUGCUUCCCAUGUUCUCAAGAUUUUUUUUUUAAUAUAUAUAUUUAUAAUGCAUUAUAAUAAUCAUGAAAUUUAAGGAGCAGCAGUAGCUCCUGUUCACCCACUUUACUUUGAUUUAUAAAAGAAAUUUAUGAAUAACUUAUGGAAAAACUCCUAGCAAUCUGAUGAAUUACUUUUCUAAUUCAAGAAUAUCAGGUGAAGGUUUUUACCUGACACAUUAAUAGCACUUUGAUUUUCCGUACCUUUUCAUGGUCGGCAUGAAGCUGGUAUUUUGAAGACUUUCAAGUAUUGUUUGUUAGUCUGUAAAGCUGUGAAUUAAGUUUUACUUCUAAAAUUAUUAAAAAUAACUGUAACUGUG